AUGCCCAGGAGGGACGCGGUGGGAUGGACGACAGUGAUCGGUGGGUGCGCGAAUGCUGGGAGGGCAGCAGAGGCGGUGGAGCUGUUCUGGAGGAUGAGAAAGGCACGGGUCAAGGAUGACGCAGUGACCAUGGUUGCCUUGCUGACGGCCUGUGCUGAGCUGGGUGGCCUGGAGCUUGGGCGGUGGGUGCAUGCACGUGUGGACUUGGAAGGGUGGCAGCAGAGGACAGUGUUGCUGGACAAUGCUCUCAUCCAUAUGUAUGUGAAGUGUGGUGUUGUGGAGGAUGCACGCCGCUUGUUUGGGAUGAUGCCAAGGCGGAGCACUGUUUCUUGGACAACUAUGAUCUCGGGUCUUGCGAUGCAUGGUCACCCCCAGGAGGCGCUGGACUUGUUCCACAGAAUGCAGGAUCGUCCUGAUGGUGCCACGAUGCUCGCAGUUCUGCGGGCGUGCAGUCAUGCAGGGAGGAUUGAUGAUGCACGGUGGUACUUUGAGAGUAUGGAAAGAGUUUAUGGGAUAAAUCCAGAGAUACAACACUAUGGAUGCAUGGUUGACAUGCUCUGUCGCUGGAGACGGUUGAAUGAAGCACUUGAGCUUGUGGAAAAAAUGCCAUUCCAGCCAAACGAGGGUGCGUGGGGUGCAAUCCUGAGUGGAUGUAGAAGGGAGGGCAACCUUGAGCUCGCAGCUAAAGUGACUGAUAGAUUAGUUGAACUGCAGCCAGAACGAGCGGCUGGGUACCUAGUGCUGCUGUCCAACAUGUAUGCUGGCGGUGGACAGUGGGAGCAGGCUCGGAUGGUGAGGGAAAGAGUGGCUGCACUGAAUGCUGAGAAACCUGCCGGCAGAAGCUGGGUGAAUCAGAAUGAGUCCAGCAUGGUGUUAGCACAAGCCCAACUGGUUGAUCCGUGA